AUGAAUAAAUCCCAAUGUCUCAUCCAAGUGGCGCCAUAUUCCACCUCUAAUCCCACUUUAUUAGUAGAUUUGCAACGGACUCGAAAUUCUCCACCUCAAACGCAUAUGGCGACCUGUAAUUGCCCAACGAUGGCCAUGUCCAAGCUCAGCUGCUCAGCUCCAUUGUCCCAUAAGAUAACCCACAACUACUCACCCUCACGUUUAUCAACGAGCAGGGGUUUUCAUCUUUCCCAGGGAUUCGUGAUUCCUCGAACGUACUCUGGGUUCACUUUCUCGAGGCGUAAUUAUGUUUUUUCAGCAACAAGUUCAGCGGUGGAUGACUUUUCUGUUGAUGAUGCAAAAACAAGUGGAAGUGCAGCCCAACAUGAAACUAAAACUGGAGCUUUGGGACAGCUAGGAGAAAAGAUGGGCUUUAAGAAAAAACUGGAGUCUCUGGUGACAUUGUGGAAAGUUGAGAUGUUGCUGGUUCUGCUUCUUUUCCCCUCCAUUAAAAAUGGAGUUCUUAAUUGGGAAAUUGGAUCAUUGAUGAAAUACACAAUGAAUGCUGAAAUUAUAUUACACAUCGAAUCUCUGGUAGUAGACCCCGUGAAUGGAAAUGGAGAGGUUAUUCUAUUCGUUACAAGUAUUCUGGAAGUGGCGGGCCUUCCUUGGUCUUGGUUCAUGGUUUCGGAGCAAACAGUCGGUUUUAUCAUGAGUGACCACUGGAGGAAGAAUUUACCAGUUCUUGCACAGUCACAUAGGGUGUACGCAAUUGAUCUCAUUGGAUAUGGUUAUUCAGACAAACCUAAUCCACAAAAGCUUCAAGUUAAAAGUUUUUAUACUUUUGACACAUGGGCCAGCCAGCUAAAUGACUUCUGUGUGGAAAUUGUGAAGGAUCAAGCCUUCUUUGUCUGCAAUUCUAUAGGAGAGGAUCUCUUGAUGGUUAGAAAUGCAGGAAUUGUGGGACUUCAGGCAGCUGUCAUGGAUCCUGCACUUUGCAAAGGCAUUAUUCUCUUGAAUAUAUCUCUUCGUAUGUUACACAUAACAAAACAGCCGUGGAAUACUGCUCUUGGAAAAUUCUUUUUCAAAACUGUUGCUACACCAGAGUCAGUGAGGAACAUUCUUCGUCAGUGUUACUAUGACAAAUCCCAAGUGACAGAUGAACUAGUAAAGAUAAUUCUUGACCCUGGACUUGAUCCUGGUGCUGCUGAUGUUUUUCUUGAAUUCAUAUGCUACUCAGGAGGGCCGCUACCCGAGGAAUUACUGCCUCAAGUGAAGGAUGAGGCGCCGGAUCUUGUGAACCCACUCGUAACAUCCUUUGUGGAUCGACAUAAAUCAUCGCCUGCUACUCUUCAAACUGCAGCUUCCUGAAUAUGAAUACUUGUGUGAUCUAAGGUCUGUUCGGUCAGUACCACAUGUUACUCGAAAUGAAAAACCAUAUAUCGAGUGAUUUUAAUUUUUACACGACUUUCUAUUGCAGUUUUCCCAACUGAUUGAUCUCUGUACUAAUUUCAGUAACAUAACAAGUGAAUGUGUGUAUUACAAUUUACAUGUAAAGGAAAUACAAUUGAUUAUGAACUUUGAAAUGAUUUCAAA